UUGUGCUGUCAGAUUAGCGAACGGAGCAGGAGGCAAAUGGCUAAAGUGGAGCUGACGCCGCUCAGGACGUGGGAAGACUUCUUCCCUGGCUCCGAAAGAUUCGCUAAACCAGAUACGAGAGAUUUAGCCAAAUGGAACAACAGAGUUGUCAGCAACCUGCUUUACUAUCAAACAAAUUAUUUGGCUUUGGCCGUCGUUGUUUUCCUCGUCGUCGGGUUCCUGAACCCUCUGGGGAUGUUCACAGCCAUGGCCGUGGUGUCGGGCGUCUUCCUGGGUUCAGUGUGGGCCGGAGAGAACAGAGCAGUGAUCAACAACUUCAAGAGGCAGAACCCCACAGCGUUUGUGCUCGCUGUCAUGGUCGCCAGCUACAUCUUGAUCUCUAUGCUGGGGAGCGUCAUGGUGUUUAUGUCUGCAAUCACUUUACCUCUGGCUUUGAUACUUGCACAUGCUUCGUUUCGCCUCCGCAACAUGAAGAAUAAACUGGAGAACAAGAUCGAGGGAGCCGGACUGAAGAGGUCACCCAUGGGCAUUUUGUUGGAGGCUCUGGGUCAGCAGGAGGAGAACUUUCAAAAGAUCCAGAGCUUUCUGGAGGGAAAACUGAAGGAGUGACUUGGAAAGGAGCACAUACAUGCACACAUCUUUUGGCCAAAGAUCAUGACUCUUUUUCUGGGUGUAACAACACUCUGUGUCUCUCAGUCUAAACCGCUUAAAGUUUCCUGCAUAUGCAGUGUGUUCACCUUUGUGUGUUUUGAAAAAAGAAAGUUCCUAAUCUGAAGGGCUUUAUCUUUACCUCAGGGUGUCUGUCACUCCACCCAGAACUUGUCAGGGCACUUUUCUCAAACAGCGAUGGGGGCAAGUUGGCGCUACCUCACAUCUCUGCUAUGCAAUGUGUCAGUGUUCCUGUGCAACACAGCUGCAGAGUCUUUCCUAGGUAUGAAAUCUGUGUUUAAUCAGUCUCAGAAACAGCCAUCAGUCCUGCCAGUUUGAGCUCAACUAAAAUUGUGAAAGCAAUGCAAGCGUUGCUUUGUAACAAAGAAUAAAAAGUGCACACUCGACAGACAUCACUGCCAAGCUACUCCACAGGCUGGAUUGUUUCGAGUUUUUGAGUAAUGUUUCCGCACAUAAACAGUUUACUUAAGUGCGCGUUUGAAUGGAACAACCUUAUAUUCAUGCAAAUAAAAAGACAAACGAGACGGCACCACCUUGUCCCGAGCUUUGAAAUACAUGUGACUCCAGACAGCGACGCAGAUCACUGUGUCAAUAUUUAAGAUAAAGACUUCAAAGGAGUGUGAGGUCUUAACCCGUGGCCAUCAGUAUUCCUCCUGCACCCCUCACUGUUUAAUCUCGACAGUGCCCCUUGGGUGAUGGAUGGGCUAACUUUGCUGUCCUUUCCACUUACCCCAGUUCUAAUGAAUGGGCUGCAGCAGAUUGCAGCGUGGAGAGAGCUGAGCGCUGCACGGUGACGGAGCAGACUCAUCUGCAGUCAUUCAUGUCCAAACCCGAGUUAGUCGCUGCGUCAGCCACUUCAGCUGUGUUCUUAUUUUUUCUUUUAUUGGAUUCCAUUUGAAAUUGACUGCAGAUAACAGGAAUCCAUGUGGAACACAGGGCUCUGUCAUUUGGUUUUAAGUGGCGGUGUGUAAGGAUUGGGGGAAACACGAAGAUAAGAUUGUCAUUAAAAAGAGUAAUCACUUCUGGCUGGUGCUGUGGGUCCGUGUUUGCUCUGAAAGUGAUGAAACCCACUUCAGACAACAUCACAUCUCUGCGAGGAAUCCACGGUAUUUUUUAGGUGAACCUUUCUGAUGACCUCUACACACUCAGGUAAUAGUGUUCCAGUGGCUUCCAGUUUAACUUUGACUCAAGCUGCAAGGCUUUCCCCCCUCUGUGCUUCAGCAGUGAUUUAUGUCCUUUCCUGCGUUGCCUCCUCUGCAUCCAUAUUGUGCAACGUGGAGGAGUGAACCGAAGAACUGGUGGCAAUGAACUCAAUUAAAGUCAUGUCUCAGAGGGCACAGUGCGGGCCCUUGUUCUUGCUACCGCAGCUGCUUUAAGGAUCCUACCGACACGUGUGUGCUGCUGCACACCCAACAGGUGUGCUUUUGGUGCUCAACACGUGUAAUCCAGGAGAGGAAGCGCUGUAACACAGGGCAAAACAACACUUAUCCUUUCUUGGCAUUGUUACAUGAAUCGACAGCACUUGACCCACUUGUCACUUUAAAGCAACCAUAAUUGCUUCCAAAGGUAGUCCUCAGUGAGGCAACAGCAGUCAGUGGAUGUGACACAAAAACAAAGCUGUGUACUGUUUUUGGACCAGCUGCUAAGUAACAACACUAUUCUCCUUGUGCAGGCGUUUGAUUUCCAACAUCUGGCUCCUGUUUCAUUUCCACAGCACAAAGGCGUGGGACAAGGAAGCAGUUUAGUGUGAUACAGUACUUCAUGUUGUUGGGUCAGGCUCACUUUGGGUUGAUCCUCAGCCCGCCUGAGGGGCUUUGGCUUUCUGCAGGCCAAGCCGGUUAGCAAGCCCCAUAACUCAAGCGGCCUGUCAUUCAGCAGAUCUGGCUGCUCGGGCCCACACUACAGCUGAUCAUGUGACACAAUGAUGAUGACCCACUGUGACCUUUGUGGUCUGCAGUAUCCUGUUCAACAUCCCCAUACACCCACAGUGCUUUUACUGCCUCCAUGACAGAAGGUCAACUAUAUUAUCCCACGGACAAGACUUGAGUGCAUGCGGCUGCUAAUCCAACUACUACCCUUCAUAACUUGUCAGAGCCAUUACUCCCUGGAUCGACGUUAAAUGUGCUGAUCUCGGGGAAGCCACAGCACAACCUGAUUUAUAGUCACUUUAAUCUGAGCUUGCUGAUCCCUGUGGGAGAGUGUACUUGUGUGUGUGACACCUUUCUGCUCUUGCUUUCAGAAAUGUUUAAGAAUGCUUAAGUUGAGACUCAAUUAUGCUGCCUG